CUUCCACGCCUAGUAGCCGCUACCUUUGCUUUUUGCUGUUGUGUUAAUGAAAAAAAGUUUACGUUGUGUAAUUGAAAUGUAGCUAAGUGGCUGCCAGGCAUUGAUACAUAUUUAAAAAAACAACAAAAAAUAUCGUUUUACAAGUUGAGAGCGGCACGAUAGCAGUAACGUUAGCUAGAAGGAGCUAAAGAAAAUGUUAGCAAAACAGGAAAAUGCAAAUAACGUCGACGUAAGUGAUUCGCGAACGAUGUAAUGGCGACCGAGUGGUCUCAAAAGGUGGAUAUAGGAUUUAACCUGCUGAGUUUAUGCAGAGAGACCGGGACGCCGGUCCUGUGCUGAAGACGGACAUUGUAACGUUACUGCUUUAUGAGCUAUUGUGUUCGAGCUAACAUUACUGGUAAACUAUAACGUGAUAAGUUUACUUUAUAACUGUGCACUGAAUGGCAAAAGGAAGACUUUCUCUGGCGUUUUACUUUGAGCAGAAAGGCAGUCCAAUGUGCCUGUGAGUGCCUCACGCAGAGAAAACACCAACCAUGGCUGUCUCUGCUAUCAGGAAUUGGUGGAAUACCCACCAGUUGGACAAAUCGGACACCAAUGACUCUAACACAGAGGAAGAUGAGGAGGAAUUAGCAGGGAGGAGGCAGUUAUCUAUAAACCUUAGUCAGACUCUGCGGACCAGGCAGCUGCUCAUUGACUUUGAUGGUGGCCGACCUACUUUGAGUCUCAGGGCACCGCUGGACCUAGUUAACUUCCCAUCUAUCUUCCGCCCUCGUUGGCCCAUAGAAUGUGAGGUCAACAGCGACAUCAUCCAUCACAUUGAGUGGGACCCCCCAGAGCCAGAGCCUUUCUACCAGCCCACAGGACAUGAGAGGACACCCAUGCCAGCAGGAGAGGAGAGGGAGAAAGUGGUAUACUGCAUUGACCAUGCAACUAAGCGUCCCUAUUUCACCUGCUCCCGGGUCGGAGGAAGCAGGGGGCCCAUUAAGAGCGCCACUUCUUAUGACGGUCGGACAGACUUCACCCUUGAGUUUGAGUCACGCUUUGAGAGUGGGAAUCUUCAGAAGGCUGUGCAAGUGGGUGUCUAUGACUAUGAGAUCACCCUGCGCACAGACAUGUACACCAGAAAGCACACACAGUGGUUUUACUUCAGGGUCAGGAACAUGAAGGCUGGAGUGACCUACCGCUUCACCAUCGUCAACUUGAUGAAGAGCAGCAGCCUGUAUUCACAGGGCAUGAGACCACUCCUCUACUCUGAGAGGGCUGCCAACGACAAAGGGAUUGGAUGGCAACGCACUGGCUCCAAUAUCAGAUACUACCGUAACAGCAAUCAGAAUACAAAGGACAACAACAGUGACACAGUCACCCUGUACUCACUCACCUGGACUCUCCAGUUCCCUUAUGACUCAGACACCUGCUACCUGGCCCACUGCUACCCCUACACCUAUUCCCACCUGCAGCGCUACCUUAGGCGCAUUUCUUCCAACCCAGCAGUUGCAUCAUACUGCACACUGCGGGUGCUGUGCCACAGCCUUGCUGGGAAUGCUGUGUAUGUGGUGACAAUAACGUCCCGGGGUGGCGGCAGAGUGGCGGGUAGGAAAAAAAAGGCUGUGGUGGUGACGGCCCGAGUGCACCCUGGAGAAACCAACGGAUCCUGGAUGAUGGAGGGGUUCCUAGACUUCCUGCUCGGGGACUCGGAAGAUGCUCAGCUACUCAGGGACACUUUUGUUUUUAAGGUGGUGCCAAUGCUGAACCCAGAUGGUGUGGUAGUGGGUAAUUAUCGCUGCUCUCUGGCAGGCAGGGACCUCAACAGAUAUUACAAGACAUUGCUCAGGGAUUCCUUCCCCUGUGUGUGGCACACCCGAAACAUGGUGGAAAGGCUGAUGGCUGAGACGGAUGUAGUUCUUUACUGCGACUUUCACGGCCACAACCGUAAAAACAACGUGUUCAUGUACGGUUGUAACAACCGAGGGGAUGCUUCGCUGAAGCUGCACGAGAGAGUCUUUCCACUAAUGAUGAGCAAGAAUGCCAGUAAUAAGUUCUCCUUUAAGAGUUGCAAGUUUCGGGUGCAGAAGGGCAAAGAGGGAACAGGACGAAUCGCCAUGUGGAGACUAGGCAUCAAAAACAGCUACACUAUGGAGGCCACCUUUGGAGGCUCCACUCUGGGCGACAGGAGAGGAACACAUUUUACUACUCGAGACCUGAAGUCCCUUGGCUUUUACUUUUGUGACACCCUGCUGGACUACUGUGACCCAGAUCCAACAAAGACCACUUACUGUCUGACAGAGCUGGCAGCGUUGUUGACAAAGGAGGUCAGAGAGAGGCUGGGCAAAGAUUUGGGCACUGACUGUAACUUCUCUGUGUCUGACCUGGAAACCAGCACCAGUGGUUCAAAUAGUUCUGAUUCUGAUGGCCUCCCGGUUCAUUUACUCAACCAGCCACAAACUGCCCACCCAGAGCAAACAGUGAAGAAGAAAAAGAAACGCUUGAGGAGUUGUAAAGAGAGGGACACGCUGCGACCAGAGAGAGUGAAGAAUAACACACAGCCAAAGGUCCUGCAAAGCAGCGUAAAAAAUAUUGAGUCCAACCUGCCCCAUGAGGACACAGUUAAAGGGAUCAUCCAAGAGAAAACUGUUGGAAGACACAGGAAGAAAUGGCAGGCAAAAGGUCUGUUGAGAAAUGCGGAGAUCCCGCCUCCCACCACUCACCCUAGGGAGGUCUCUCAGGUGACUCUGUGGCAGGGCUGCGAGCCGGUCAAGGACAGAAACAUGAAAGGUGCAUGCCCGCAUCACAGGGUAGAAGCAUGUCCACAUCUUGGCACGUACACAGAUGACCUGGGGAUGUAUACAGGACAGUGGAGGUGCUCCUCUCAGCUGCUGCACCUGAGUGCUCUCCUUCCACCUUCUCCAAAUCCCAUCAUACAUUCCAGCCAGCAACAGCAGCGCUGCCCCCAACAAUCCUUCGUCUCCUACAAAGUCUACAGAGGGCUGCCAUCUUCCCUUACAGCGCUCCGCAGGUCUCCCUCAUCCGUGUACAUCAAGAUGAUCCCAGAUCUUUUUCCAAGAAAGCGCUUGCUGUCAAGUUUCACCACUGACAAGGUCGACGCCAGGCAUAUUUUAAGAAACUCUUUACUGGCCUCAGAACGUGACUCUGUGCCUGAGGAUUCCUCCCCGUCACACGCAGACAUGACCGAGACCAAACGACUAAAUGAGGAACAGGAAGAAGACUCCUCAGAAGUGGGUCUGUCCCUGUUGAAAUGUAUACCACUUGGAGAGCAGAACCAAAGAGAUCUCACCCCUGACGUUCCCCGGAGAGGAACUGAACCGCGCAACUAUUUUUUGCCUGUUCAGAAGGGAACAGACCUGAGAAGAAACGGACUAGGCAAUGAAACUUUGGAGGACAAAAGGCACCUGGGUGUAUUAUCCUCUUUGUCAAAGCCUUCUGGCCUCAUGAAGAUGGAACGUCCACGUCCUAAGAGUGGCACCCUUGGUACGCUUCAGGCUAAGGACAUCAGGCACUAUUACUCUGGAAGAGAAAGCCAAAUAAGUGCGGCAAUGGUCGCAAGAUCGUCACAGUCUGCCCCACUGUAGGGCAUAAUAUUCAUAAUAUGGAAACUACAGAUUGACAGAUAUUGUUCUCUCUCUAUUUUCGGGCCAGUGAUGGGAACCUGCUCUGAUGGAUCAAGAAGACUAUGAUGUGUGCUCGAACUUCAACAGAUGUGUUAAACCAAGUGCUUCCCAACCUUUUUGGUCCGAGUUACCCCCCCACAGCCCUGUCAGAUGAACUCACGUACCCCUUCAUCAAUUCGCAAUGUUCCCAGCGUAUCCCAGAAAGAGUCUAAUGGCCUCGAUCAGAGUCAUCAGGAUGAGAACGGUGACGAGGAUGAACUUGUAGUAGUCUGGCAAGACAGGAUACUGGAAGAAAUAACAUUUACAACAAUGCAGGCA